AUUGAAAUUAAUUUUGCUCUUUUUUACAAGGGAUACACAAGACACAACCUUAUGAAGAAAAAGAAACAUACAUAUAUAUCUUUUAAUUCUUUGUACACAACACGACAAAACUUAUCAUAAAUUCAUAAAAUUAUAAUAUUAUAUCGAAAAUUUCAAAUCAAAUCAGUUCACUACCCUUUCUAGUUUGUCCGAUUUAGUUUUGGUUCAUGUCAUAGUUGUCGAAAAUUCACUUCUUCAUACCGUUCGUGCCAAACAAAAAAACAAAAAAAGAUAGAAAUUUUGUAAAAAGAAAUAAAAAACCUCAAAUUAUACACUUUACACAUAAAAAUGACCCGGAAUUUUGAUCAUUUGUUCAAGCUGUUAAUUAUAGGCGACAGUGGGGUUGGAAAGUCAUCGUUGCUAAUCCGAUUUUCAGAUGAUACAUUCUGUGGGAGCUACAUAACAACAAUUGGAGUGGAUUUUAAAAUUCGCACUGUUGUAAUCGACGGACAGCGAGUGAAGCUUCAAAUUUGGGACACUGCUGGUCAGGAAAGGUUUCGCACAAUUACUAGCACAUAUUACAGAGGCACACAUGGUGUCAUCAUCGUUUACGAUGUGAUGAAUGGUGAGUCGUUUGCUAAUGUCAAACGAUGGCUCGAUGAAAUCAGUAAUUACUGUGACGUAGUUAACAAAGUUUUAGUUGGAAAUAAAGACGACGAUCCAGAUCAUAAAGUUGUUAUUACCGAGGAUGCACAGCGCUUUGCUCGACAAAUGGACAUUGAAUUGUUCGAAACCUCUGCAAAGGAUAACAAAAACGUCGAGGAAAUGUUUUUAUCGAUCACCAGACAGGUUCUCAAUCAUAAAUUCAAACAGACCCCACCAUCAAACGAGACGAUAAGUGUAAGGAAGCCAACUAACAAUAAGAGAAGUCGAAGCAGAUGCUGCUAGCUUUUGAUGGACACGCUAAAUGGAACAAAAACAAAAUGUAUUAAUUAUUUUUCUUUUGUUUGUUAAUUUUGCUCAAAAUUUGUGUUGUUUUUUUUAUGUCGGUUCAUCAUCAAAAUAAUUACAUUUCACUCAAAACUUGUAUCCGUUUCAAAAAUAUCGUCGCAGUGAAACCAAUAAUAAUAAUACUUCCACAACAUUAAAAAGAAUAAAAAAAAUCAUCUUUUUAACUAUUAAACAAAAACACACAAAAAUCGAAAAGGCAUUUUAACAACGGAAAAUUUUAAAACAAUUUGAAUCCAGUAAUAUUUGAUAAUUUGUGUUAGGAAACAAAAAAACAACAACAACUACAUAUAAAAAAAGAUACAAACGGAGUCCGAAUUAAACGACGUGUUUUUUACAUUUUUAUAUGCAUUCUUUUAUGUUUAGCCAAAAAUAUUUUUACAAAGAUUUUGUAAUUAAUUAAGUAUGAAAAAAUAAUAAUAAUUCAGAAUGAAAUACAUAAUAAUUUAUAAUCUUAGAAA